AUGGGGCGAAGGAAGAGCAAGGGGGUCGUGCAAAGUCUGCGAGGACGGAAGGAGCAAAAGCAAGGAGUCGUGAACGCGGAGUGCACCGCCGGGACAGAGUGUGCAAGGAGUCGGGGCCGAGAGCCAGCGUCCCGUGUUCCGUGGCCCCAGAAAAGCCAGUGUGUAGGCCUCAGCCACCCCAGGUCCGGCGUACGUUCUCCCUGGACACCAUCCUCAGCUCCUACCUUCUGGGCCAGUGGCCACGAGAUGCUGAUGGGGCCUUCACCUGCUGUACCAAUGACAAGGCCACCCAGGUCAGCUGGUCACUCAGAGCUGGCCAUCAAGUGCUGUGGGCUGGCCACUCCUGGCACUGGGCCCGGAGCCGGGACGGGAGACGGCAGCACAUGCUGGUGGUUGCAGUUACCCCCUCCCUUCUUGCUGGGAGUCUUCUCGCACUCUUCUGGAGGGAGGAAGUGGUCUCACCACAGCUGGAAUGACUGUUGGAGCCAAGUUCCCCCGCUGGUGUUCUCAUCCUGGAGACAGAUGGGACCCUGGGUGCCUGCUCUGCCUGGCCCCCCGUUCUGCUCAUCCCCAGCCCCAUUUCCUCUGCAGGCUCCAGGUGAGACCCCCCUGUCCUGGCAAGAGCUUGAAGGUGAGCGGGCCAGCUCGUGUACACACAAGCGCUCAGCGUCCUGGGGCAGCACAGACCACCGAAAAGAGAUUACCAAGUUGAAGCAGCAGCUGCAGAGGACAAAACUUAGCCGCAGUGGGAAAGAGAAGGAGCGGGGCUCCCCCCUCCAAGGGGACCAUGCUGUGCGGGGAGCACUGAGGGCGUCCCCUCCCAGCUUCCCCUCAGGGUCCGCUGUCCUGCGACUGAGCCCCUGCCUGCACCGGAGCCUGGAAGGGCUCAACCAAGAGCUGGAGGAGGUGUUUGUGAAAGAGCAGGGUGAGGAGGAGCUGCUGCGGAUCCUUGAAAUCCCUGACGGGCACCGUGCCCCAGCUCCCCCCCAGAGUGGCAGCUGUGAUCAUCCCCUCCUCCUCCUGGAGCCUGGAAACCUUGCCAGCUCUCCCUCCACGCCCCUGGCAUCCCCCCAGCCUUCUGGCCAGACUAGCCGUGAGGAACACCAGGGUGCAGCCGAGGAGCUGACGUCCAUCCCCAGUGACAAAGCUUCCCCUCCAGGCCACCCAGCCUUCCUUGAAGAGGGCAGCCCAUCUCCAGUCCUUGCCUUUGCCUCCUCCCCUCGGCCCAAUCACAGCUACGUCUUCAAACGGGAACCCCCGGAAGGCUGUGAGAGAGUGCGGGUGUUUGAAGAGGCCACGUCCCCAGGUCCUGACCUGGCGUUCCUGACUUCCUGUCCUGACAAGAACAAAGUCCAUUUCAACCCAACCGGCUCGGCUUUCUGCCCCGUCAGCUUGAUGAAGCCCCUCUUCCCCAGCAUGGGCUUCAUCUUCCGUAACUGCCCCUCAAGCCCAGGGUCCCCCCUUCCCCCGGCCAGCCCCAGGCCACCGCCUCGGAAGGAUCCAGAGGCCCCCAAGGCCUCCUCGCUGCCAUUCGAGCCUUGGCAGCGCCCCCCACCGUCAGAAGAGCCCGUGCUUUUCCAGAGCUCCCUGGUGGUCUGAGGGCCCCACCCCCACUUCACCAUGGAGACCAGUGCCUUGGUGGCAGGCCCCUCCCGAGCUCCCUGAGACGGGGGAUGAAGGAGCCCUUUCCUCCUGGCCUUUGAGCACUUUCAUGUAUUGUGUCAAAGCCCUGGGUCCUCUUCCCGAUGGACCCCUGCCCCUUCGAAUGUGAGGGGACCUGCCUUCUCCACUAGCAGCUGGGCAGCUCACGAGUCACACCCGUGUUCUUGUCACCUCUCUCACUUGGUGGAAAACUCACCCAGAAGGUCUUGGGUCCCCCACCCCUGGGUGUGAGUCCGGAGGACUGUGUAUGGGGCCCUUGUCUUUACCAUGGAGCAAGCUGGCCAUGAUUAAAGGAGAGCGGACACCACAGAUUUCCUUACCUCUCCUCCCCAGACACAGAUGAGGAGACCCGAAUAGAUUCCCGAUCCUCUCAGUCCCAUCCCCCUACCUCCCUCUCAUUGGAGGAGCUGACCAAAGCAGCCCGAAAGGGCCAUAACACUUGACCAAUCCAGCUGCUGGCAGAGGGGGAACCAAGCGUUUUCCUAAGUGGCAUUUUCAUCUCGCUUUCACCCUAAGAUUGUCUUAAGCAGCAGCCCAGCCUGCCCAGCCCCAGGUGGGUAGUAGGGGAGAGGGAGAGCUGGCAUUCCUCCGGGUGGCAAGUGGUGACUCUCCACCCUCCACCUGCCCCAGGACUGGGUUGGAUUAGAAAAAUGCCUAUUUUUCUUGUAUCGAUGUAGAAACUCUAUUUUCUCCCAAAGACACUAUUUUUGCAGCUGUUUGAAGUUUGUAUAUUUUCCAUACUGCAGAGCUUACACAAAAUCGAAGAAGAAUGUUAAUGUUCAAGUUUUAUUAUCCUGUGUUUAGAAGUUGUGUUUUUUUGUUUGUUUUUUGCAGAUCUUGGUGUUAAUAGACCAAAUAAAUAAGUAUUC